AGUCCCCUCAAAUUGGCAGUCUUAAGAGGGUCACUUUAUUUUCUAAGGCAUGGCUGGCCUCCUACUCAAUUGUGAGACAGUGAGUGUGAAUUUGAGUCAUCAAGAAAACAAAAAGUGUGGAAGCUCCUCCGAGUCAUCAGACCCAGUAUUUACAUGUGGGGUUAGCUUGGAAUUGCUAAAGAUUGCAGCUUUAUUUCCAAGUACAUUUGCAUUCUGCAGAGGAGAGAAGAUGGGGUUGUUGACAAAUAGAGUGGAGAGGAGUGAGAUCAAACCAGGAGACCAUAUUUAUACCUACAGAGCUGUCUUUGCUUACUCCCACCAUGGUAUUUUCGUUGGUGGAAGCAAAGUGGUUCAUUUUACAUGGGUCGAUGGCUCUUCUGAUGCAGCUGAUGAAAUAUCAGGCCUUUCAUCAUCCUGUCCAUUCUUUCCCGACUGUGGAUUUAGGCUUCCUAACAGUGGUGUUGUUCUUUCUUGUCUGAAUUGCUUUCUCCGCAAUGGUUCACUCUACAACUUUGAAUAUGGAGUAAGCUCUUCCGUGUUCCUUUCCAAAGUGAGAGGGGGAACUUGCACUACUGCUGUGUCAGACCCUCCAGAGAUGGUUAUCCACCGAGCAAUGCAUCUUCUCCAGAAUGGAUUUGGCAACUAUGAUGUGUUCCAAAACAAUUGUGAGGAUUUUGCGUUGUAUUGCAAAACAGGUCUUUUGACACUUGAUAGAUUGGGAGUUGGAAGAAGUGGACAAGCUUCUUCUGUUGUUGGUGCUCCUUUAGCUGCGCUUCUUUCCUCCCCCCUGAAGUUGCUAAUUCCUAGUCCUGUUGGCGUCGCCACUGUUACAGCAGGAAUGUACUGUAUGAGCAGAUACGCUACUGACAUUGGUGUUCGAAGUGAUGUCAUAAAAGUUGCAGUCGAAGACUUAGCUGUAAACCUUGGCUGGGGAAGCAGCAAUGAAGGAGCUAUUGUGGAACAUGAUGAUUCUAAUAACAGAAUUCACAGGUACCUCUGCAGUUGCAGGAUCUGGGGUUGGUAUAUGCUGGUGAAUUGGGAAGGUUUUGAGGGCUUUUUGAAGGCCUUCUACUGAAGAAUUCAUUUCAUCAACAAGUAUAUCUAGCUUUGUUGAAUUUUUCAUUGUUUUUAUCAUACUCGACAGCUCUUUUAGCACCUUGGAGGAGCUAGUACCUAAUCUCAUGCAGGCAUCGUUGAGAGGCUUCUUAAGGAACUCAGGAGUCUGUGGCACAAGCAAAAUAAGAAUGAUUAAAUUCAAAUGCUAUCUUAGCAGAAAAGAUAUCAGCAUGACUCAUUCCGAUAGCUAGGAAUUUUUUAAUAUAAGUUCUUUUUACCUCGUUAUUGGAGUUAAUGCCAGCAUGGAGAGUCUCAAUGCAAUAGGCACAGCUUCUCAUUGAAGCUCCAAUCUUGAGGUACUGUUUCCAUGGAUGUCGGAAACUGAAUUUUCCAUGUGCUGGCUCCCAUCUAGCAAAAUUGGCCUGAUAUAUAUAUUUGUAAGAGGUUUAGUUUAUCUUUUAUUAGCUAAACAGGAGAGAGAUCUGAACAUGCUAGAUCAAUCAGUAUCAGAGAAAGCUGAUUACAAACCAUGGUUUCUUCAGCAACCUUAGAAUUAAGUACACAUUUGUAGCCUUGCAAUCUUUUACUGGAAUCUUUCUCAUGUACAUUUUUACUGCCAACUACUCUGAAGUUCUCAGCUGCAUAUCCUGAAUAUUCAAGUCCAAAAACUAUUAAUCUCUUCCAUCAUUGACAUUGAGAGCAUAUAUUUGUGAUACCAUUAUUCAGUUA